AUGCCGCCGCGCAAGAGGCCGCAGGCCGCUGCGGCCACUCAGCCCCGGCGUCCCUCGGAGGCUGGCCAACAUUCUGCGACCGAACCUCUCAAGAGGAAGCGUUCUUCCAUUGUGAAGGAGUCGAACCGACCGGCAGAGCCCACCAUCACCAGCGGACAGCCCGGUCAAACCGAAGAACCGGCGUCGAAAUACCAGCAUAAGGAUCCCUUCGAUGCGCUUCUCGAACCGUUCUACUAUAGCAAAUCUCUUACCGAUCCUAUCGAUACCGCGAAGGAUAAAUGGAACCUGCUUCCGGCGUUCCUCAAAGUCAAGGGCCUGGUGAAGCAGCACAUUGACUCAUACAACUACUUCGUCGAAGUGCAACUAAAGAAGAUCGUCGAGUCGAGCUCUACAAUUCGCAGCGAUGUAGACCACCAGUUUUACAUCAAGUUCACCGAUAUCUAUGUUGGGUCGCCGCGGCGCGCAGAUGAGACCCAGGACGCUGGUAUCGAAUUCCAGUCGGACGUGACCCCCCAGGAGUGCAGGCUUCGAGAUACUACCUAUGCCGCGCCAAUUCUGGUCGAUUUCGAGUACGUUCGUGGCCGGCAACGUGUUAUUCGCCGAGGUGUUUCGAUCGGGCGGAUGCCGGUCAUGCUGCGCAGUUCAAAGUGUGUGUUGGCAAACAAGACGCCUGCGCAGAUGACAGUUCUAAACGAAUGCCCCCUGGAUCCCGGUGGUUAUUUCAUUGUGAACGGUACCGAGAAGGUUAUCCUGGUUCAAGAACAGUUGAGCAAAAAUCGAAUUAUCGUGGAGACGGACCCGAAGAAAGAGAUUGUCCAGGCUUCAGUGACCAGUUCUUCUAAUGAGCGAAAGUCGAAGAGUUACAUCGUUCUCAAAAAGGAAAGACUCUACGUGAAGCACAACGUGCUGAGCGAUGACAUUCCAAUUGUCGUGCUGCUCAAGGCCAUGGGUAUUCAUACAGACAAGGAGAUGCUGCAGCUGGUCGCCGGUUCCGACAGUUUAUACCAGGACGACUUCGCCAUCAACUUUGAAGAGGCUAUCAACCUUGGUAUCUUCACUCAACAACAAGCACUUGACUGGAUCGGUUCUCGUAUCAAGAUCAACCGCAAGACAGGCGCAUAUCGCCGCACCCAUGUUCAAGAGGCCGUCGAAGCCAUUGCAUCCGUCAUCAUUUCCCAUAUCGAAGUCAAGGACAUGAACUUCCGGCCAAAGGCCAUCUACGUUGCCCACAUGGCUCGCCGUGUUUUGAUGGCGAAGAAUGAUCCGUCCCUGGUCGAUGACCGAGACUAUCUGGGUAACAAGCGACUAGAACUGGCAGGUCAGCUGCUGGCUCUUCUUUUUGAGGAUCUUUUCAAGAAAUUCUGUUUCGAUAUCAAAAUGAACAUUGACAAGGUUCUGAACAAGCGAAACCGAGCUGAACAGUUUGAUGCUUGGAGUGUGAUGAGUAUGCACGGCAACCAUAUCACACAAGGUAUGAACCGAGCUAUUUCCACAGGAAACUGGAGCUUGAAGCGUUUCCGCAUGGAACGUGCAGGUGUCACCCACGUUCUCAGUCGGUUGAGUUACAUUGCUGCUCUCGGCAUGAUGACUCGUAUUAGCAGUCAGUUCGAGAAGACGCGAAAGGUCUCUGGCCCCCGUGCCCUUCAGCCAUCGCAGUUCGGCAUGUUGUGUCCCGCCGAUACGCCCGAAGGUGAAGCCUGUGGUCUUGUCAAGAACUUGGCUCUAAUGACGCACAUUACCACCAACGACGAGGAGGGCCCAGUACGGAACUUGAUCUUCAUGCUGGGUGCCGAAGACAUCUCUACAGUCAGCGGAAUGCAACUCUAUGCUCCUGGCAGCUACACCAUUUCCAUCAACGGUACACCCACUGCGCUGACACGGCGACCGAAGUAUUUCCUCAACGCUUUCCGCCGGCUUCGCCGUAUGGGACGGAUCUCGGAGUUCGUCAGCAUCUACAUCAACCACCAUCAGCGAGCUGUGCACCUCGCAACGGAUGAUGGGCGAAUCUGUCGACCUCUUAUUAUCGUUGAAGACGGUAAAUCACGGGUGCGGCGACACCACCUACAGAAGCUGCGUGACGGGCGGAUGUCAUUCGAUGAUUUCCUGGCCCAAGGCCUGGUCGAGUACCUCGAUGUGAACGAGGAGAAUGACUCGUACAUCUCCAUCUAUGAGAAGGACAUCAACGAGGCUACUACUCACCUCGAGAUUGAGCCUUUCACCGUUCUGGGAGCCGUCGCUGGUCUCAUUCCUUACCCCCACCACAACCAGUCUCCUCGUAACACCUACCAAUGUGCCAUGGGUAAACAAGCUAUUGGCGCCAUUGCUUCGAAUCAGUUCCAGCGAAUUGAUUCCAUCCUCUAUCUCAUGGUCUACCCACAGAAGCCCAUGGUGAAGUCUCGGACUAUCGAGUUGGUCAAAUACGACCAAUUGCCCGCCGGUCAAAACGCUACAGUUGCUGUGAUGAGUUACUCCGGUUACGAUAUUGAGGAUGCCCUGGUCUUGAAUAAGGGAUCUGUGGAUCGCGGAUUCGGUCGAUGCCAAGUCUUUCGUAAAUACGUCACCAACCUCAAGAGUUAUCCCAACGGCCUGAAGGACCGCCUGAACCCUCCAGAGUUCGAGAACGAUGCCCCGAUCCGCAAACAUGCACUUCUCGAGAGUGAUGGUCUUGCCGCUGUGGGUGAAGAAGUUAAGAGCGGCGAGGUCUACAUCAACAAGGUUACCCCUGACCAGUCGCACACGACUGGCCUUGGUGGUUCUGACUCGGGCAAGCCGCUCUCCUGGAACGCCGCGCCCAUGACGUACAAGCUCCCUGAUCCUGCCUACAUUGACAAAGUCAUGGUUUCAGCUACCGAGGGCGAGACACAGCUUCUCAAGAUCCUGACCCGGCAAACCCGCCGCCCCGAAGUUGGCGACAAGUUCUCCUCUCGCCACGGACAGAAGGGUGUGGUGGGUAUCAUUGCCGACCAAACAGACAUGCCCUUCACCGACUCCGGUAUCAACCCUGACAUCAUCAUGAACCCCCACGGUUUCCCCUCUCGAAUGACAGUCGGUAAAAUGCUGGAGCUGGUUGCCGGCAAGGCAGGCGUUCUCUCCGGCCAGCACGGCUAUGGUACUUGCUUCGGUGGCAGUCCCGUCCAGGAAAUGUCCCAGAUUCUGAUCGACCACGGCUUCAGCUACGGCGGCAAGGACAUGCUUACCUCCGGUAUUACGGGCGAGCCGCUGCCCUUCUACGUCUUCACGGGUCCCAUCUACUACCAGAAGCUCAAGCACAUGGUUCAGGAUAAGAUGCACUCGCGUGCGCGUGGUCCCAAGGCUACUCUGACUCGCCAACCCACUGAGGGUCGUUCGCGUGACGGUGGUCUGCGUCUCGGUGAGAUGGAGCGUGAUUGUCUGAUUGCCUACGGAACUAGCCAGCUCCUGCUGGAGCGUCUCAUGAUCUCGUCUGAUAUUCACGAGGUUGAUAUCUGCGAGAAGUGUGGCUUCAUGGGAUAUCUGAACUGGUGCCCUGGGUGCAAGUCGUCUCGCUUUGUCGUGAAGAUGUGCAUCCCUUACGCUGCUAAGCUUCUCAUCCAGGAGCUGAUGAGUAUGAAUGUUGCUGCUCGUCUGAAGCUGGAGGAUGAGUUCCCUGAGAUGAAGGGCCGGUAA